UUUGGCGGAGAACCGAGGCAAGAUGGAAAUAAACAGACUAACACCUUUGGAUGGCAAAACCGCCGACAACCUCGACCAACUGCAAGCGGCAUCCAAUACUUAUCCGACCGACAAUGGGGGUGGAUUUCUAGAGAACUGGGAUCUUGACCCAAACAGAUUUUCCUCCUUCCAGGAUACAAACAAUGGUAUCAUUGGUCAGUGGACCUGGAGAUCCCUUGAGGACCCCCAAGCUAGAGCACAACUCAUGACUGAACAAGCUGCACAACCUCACGAGGCAAUUCACCACUCGGAUCAAGCCAUGGACGAUUCGAACACAAGUGACCGAGGACAGGUGUCCGAUGCAGCAGGAGCAAUUGCUGAUCCAGCCUGGGAGCACUUUCCUACAUCGUCGAGCGACCAGGACUUGAGCGAACUCGACGCCAAUGUCCCUGCCUCAGACAUGCAUGAAUUGACAAAUGGACACCCUGGCUUGAGCUCUAGUGAGGUAGCCUUGAUACCGCCAGCAUCAAACGUGACGGUCCAGGGUGAUUGUUCCUCGUCGCUGCAAGGUUGCCAAAUCUUUGUAAUACACGACGAAUUGCCCGAACAAUCUCUGCAGAAGGACGUGUCAGACCACAAAGUCAACGACACCAAAGACCAUGAUGAUGGAAGCAGCUUCAUUGGCUCCGUAUCCGGACUCCUCGGAUCAAUUUCAGUGUCCAAGGCCCCAAGCUCUGGGAUAAGUCGUCUACAUGUGCCAUUGAGCUGGACUCCGCCAAAAUUUGCGAAACUGCCACCCAAGCCCAGCAAGCGCAAGCUUCCGACGUAUAAGGGGUCAACUCUAGAGUCUUCGGAAUCGGGACAGACCAGCAAGCGGGCACGGACUACGGAUCAGAGAGCAUCUACGAGGGUAUCGACGGAUACAAUACAGUCACUCGACCAGUCACACGGCCCACAGAAAACCGUCAUGUUGGUCUCGAGAAACGCCGGUGGCACGUCAAAACAGAACAAUGGAGCUUCUCGACCCUGUCCUGCUCCCAUCAUUAAGACACCGACCCACACAGCCUCCAGCGCCACAGAGGUGAACAAAAUUGCUUGCCAGCUGCCGACGCCAAAGUCAGCGGCCUCGGGAAAAGGCCCGUAUGCCGCAAGCCAACACCCAGAAUUUGCAUCUCCAUCUACAUCCAAGGGAAAUCGCAACCAGGGAUCUUUCAGAGACAGGACCAGGAAAGGUGCAGACGGGACAGGGCAUACUCCUACCAAAUCUGGCCAGUAUACUCCCGCAAAGUCUGGUUCCGAGCAGCAUGCAAGUACUGGUUUAACAAUCCACGAUGUCAUUGUUCUCAGUGACGAUGAGAAGCCAACGGAUAAGGCCAGGCAGCAGGCUUAUCUCCCCAAACGACACACAGACUUGUCAGAGAGCGUUGCAUCCAGACAGAACAGCGUGACUUCAAAGCAACCCAGUCAAGUAGCUAAAGACAACCGAUAUUGCUCGCAAACCGACAUGACUAGUUCUGGUAGUGGAGCCGCUUGUAUCCCGAAUGUGGCAGUGUUCAAUAGAGGCUCCAUGUCCAAAUCUGGGAGGUUGGCAGAGAAUGCGUCAAUGGCGAACAGCACCACUGCCCAAACGCCGUGGGCGAACGCAGCUGGUAGACAGCAAAACACAGCGAGCCAGCAGCUUAUACAAUCUCGACUUGCGGCACGCCACUUCCAACAAUCUUUGCCUGCUAUCACUACCCGAAUCGGUGCCAAAGGAACGAGCAAGCCUCUUGAUUUGACUGGUUUCCAAGGUUCGCGGCCCAUCACAAGGCCUGCAGCCCCCGCAACUCAGGCGUUCGCUCGUCCGAUGGGCAAGGGGGCUGCCUUGAUGAUUCUGCAAAAAACAGCGGCUCCUGCUCAAAAUAGAUUCACGACACAUCCCAGCCAGCACAGUCGACAGAUGAAAAGACCAGCGAGUGAUAGGUCGGAGCAAUCAUGGCAUGAUAUUAGAGACAAACAAGCAACGCGAGAUGACAUCAAGUCCCAGAAGCGCCAGGAGAAGUUUCGUCUGGAUAUCAAAAGUGCUCAUCCCGAUCUGCCAGAAGAGGAAGUACAGAGACGAGUUGAUACCCUGGAGAAAACUAAGCAAUUGGAGCUAUUCAAACGAAAGGAAGAACGCGCCGCUAAGAAAGCCUACAGGAGUCGGCCGGGAGAGCUGGAGCACGACAACAGUACAGAACUAACCAACGAGCUAGAGGCCAUACGUAAACAGACGAGACUAACGAGGCCCCUCUCCGGAUUGGACCCUGCUCGUCUAGUCAUCGCAUAUAAAGUGAUCAAGACGUAUCCAUAUGUCGAUUCCGAAGAGGCUGAAGAGCGGUAUGUAGAGGAGAAGAACUUUUUUCUCGAGAAGGAAAGGGCCAACGAUCAUGCCCAAGCUGUUUUUCUCAACGAGAGCGACCCUGUUCUCCAGCAGGCUGGGGAAGGCACCCAUCUCAAAGAAAUGACAAUGAUCUUCAAUGAUGAUAGGGACGGCUUAUUUGAAGGCCACCGCGUUUUCAGUAACGGCAAGAAACAUUCUGUCAUUGUAGACUUCUUCGAAAUGCAGGCGGGGGAUAUACAGCCCAGCAUGCACAGGGGGAGGAAGCUAUCGAGGCAGGCGAAGGCCGCCUACUCGCCCGUGCAGUUCGUUGUUUGGGCCUUCUUUACGAUUGACAAGAAUGCCCGAAAAUGCGCCACCCGGAACACACCUCGAUCCUCCAGGUCUUUGAGCAAGGAAGAGAUGUCACUCCUCGUGGCUAACCAGAUAACGGUUUCCGAAAGGAAAGUGUUAUCGGCUGUCGUUAGUCCCUUACCGAAGAGCUUAUAUGGGAACUAUGAGGCUGAUAUGGAGGAUCAGGCAGCAGAAGAUGAUCAGGACUUGGAAGCAAACCCUAGCCUCAACCCCAUCACGACCGCCGAACAGGGGAACGAACAUGUAAUUGACGACUCCGACUCCGGGAGUGACGACGGAGCGCAUAACAGAACGCUUGACAUCAGUACUAUGACGACGAGAGAGUCUGUUACAAUAACAAGCGAUACCCCGCCAGAAAAAUCCGGCGACAAUCCAGGUCUUCAUUUUGAAGAGAAAGAGUUGGAAGCAGAAGAAGACGAGAGCUUGGAUGACGAGGAAGAGAGCGAAGAGGGAGACUCCUUUGAUCAGAGCACAGCAAACCUCACCUACCAUCCAGAGCAGAUAGCAUCGUUUACGACUCUCCGGGCGGCGAAUAUUGAGGCCUACCGUGUAUAUCUGAAGUUGUUUAACAUAAUCAGCCUGAAUUCCUGCAUCCACCCAACAUGCACAUGCCGCCAAGCCGGACUUUCCGACUUUUUGCGCGACAACCAGACCAACCCUAUGGCCGAGGCCGCCGCAAAAGGCAUUGACCUAUCGAAGCAGAAUGAUGGGUACGACUUCGACAACGACCCGGCGUACAGGCUACCUCUCAAUUUCCGGCACAUUCGAAUCUUUGUCAAAAAGAAGGAACUCAUUGGGCCGCUGCCAGUCGGAGAGGGACUGAUUGACAAUACUGAGGAGCUCGAGGAGGAGGUGACCGAGAAACGAGACGAGAGGAAAGAAAUGCUGCGGCGGGAGGAAGCCAGAAAGGAGGCUAAGAAGGUGCAGGAGCUGGAAAGACAAGUGUCUCGGAUUCGGCAGCAAGAGAAGGCUCUUGACCAGGAGUUGACCGAAUCAGAAAUGAACCGCCAGCAAGCCCAACAGCAGGAUAUCAAUGCGGGAGAUGUUGCCACGGAGGAUGAGCAGCAGCGGCUCCUCGAUCAGGAGCUACAAGAGAUGGACGACGAGGACUCGGACGUGUCAGAGGAGGAGUGAUCUGAAUAAUAGCCACCUUAACUUGCUUGCAAUUUGGCUGUAUUUGGAGGAUGGUCCUUGUUGCAUUCUAGAUUGGUUCGUGCUUUAUGGAGACUAUGGAUCUCCUGUUUCCUGAU